AUGGAACAAGGUUUUGUGAAAGCUGAUUCAAAUAAUCUUCCCCGAGUGGAUUAUUUUAUCGAUUAUAUAAGUGCCAAGUACCGAAAUGUAAAAAGUCUGUCGUUAGUUAUUUUGAAGAAACUACCAAUUACAAGUAUAUAUUUAAAAUCAUCAAUACAUUGUAGGGCUGCUAGAUCUUGCUAUGAUGAGGAAGCUAUUGACUAUGUCCAGCUAAAGAGAGAAGAUGAUGUUGUUGUCGUCGUGAAUGGACGUAUUACUUCUGAACACAGAGUUAGGUUAAAACUGUAUGAAUUUUCUGUCAAAAUAGUCACAAAAAUCGAAAAAAAUUUAAUAUCUAUACGUGAGGACUGCACAGUUUCUCUUGGUAUUUAUCACAGUAUUAGAUUAGAUUAG